CCGAGACACACGAAAGCUCCGCUGAUGCGCCGUUGAACAGCCGCCGCCUCCGAUGGCGUCCUCACGAGUGGCGUCCUUGAGGUACGAUGCACCCUCCGACUGCCCCGUGAAGUUGGACAUCUCCGAAGAUAGCGCCGUUUCGCAAUCGCGAAGUCUGGAUGCUGGCUGCUGUCCGAACCCCUGGAUCGCGACAGCACCUGUUUUUGCUACUCAAGCACUGUGCCACUUCAUUGGCUCUUGCUUGGGUUUGACCCAGCUUCUUGGCCUCCGAGCGCUGUUCAAGGGAAUGCCAAGGGCGGUCGAUCAUGCUUUAGCCUCCAUCUUCGAGGAAUGCUUUCCGGGGAUCCCUAUCAACACCAUGCCGGUCGUGACGCGCCUCCUGGAUGACUUUCGAGAAGCUUUCGUCCACCAGCUGGGCAAGGAGGAACAAGGUGGCAAGGCGGCGAUCCGCUUGGUGGUGAGCGAUUCACCUGGACGCUUAGAGCUGGAGAUCUUUGGAUCUGCGUCGUGGCAAGCAGAUGGGGGCUCUGGGUCCACUUUCACGCCAGAGCCAACGAAGACCGUGAAAGAUUGGACGUGCAAACGUACAUGCUGUUGACCGCACUCGGCAGUCAUGCAGUUGUCGCUUUGGUAGAG